GAAAUCUGCUUUCUUCAUCGGUGUUCCUUCGAACGAGAAGAAAGACUUACUUAGUAGCACAACGCCAACGUAGGGUACAACGUACUGUACUGUACAGUACUAAGCCACAGCACCUGAAAGGAUGGAAGAGAAAAGCCAGCCUCCGACUCACACGGCGGCAUUUCAUCUCCACCCUCAUGCUCAGCGACCGCGAGGGGUGUUGCAACUUCCAUCGCCUUCAUCAAACGCUUUCAGAUCUGGAAUUCCCAGCACAGUAGCCGACUUUGGGUCGCCAUACGCCUUGAGGCCAGAUUGGGCACCUACAGAGGCUGACGCGGAACUGACGCAGCUUCCCUCUCUCGAUUGGGCCACAAGGGUCCAGAAUCGGCUUUCUAAAAGCCAGCCACUGGACUUCACUGCCCCAUGUUUUCGUCGUCGGCCAGGGCUUCACAGCUACCGUCGUUUCCCGUCCCGCCAGGUUGAGGGAAAUGGCAAAUUCGCAGGCGAGGGCUUCAAGCCAUGCUAUUUCGGACCAGACUUCGUCGAGCACGACGUGAGCGCAGCAGACUGGGCUCGAUUUCUCGAAGAUGUCGAGGUUGCUGGCAGAGUGGGGAUUGGGGGACAAGUCCUGGCCACCGUGGCUCCCGUUACCAUGCAUAUGGGUGCCACUGGGUAUUUUGUUACGAAAGCCAUCAAAGGCGUCAUGGCCAAGCGAAAGGAACCUGAAGUCCUCGAGACAAUCGAAGCAUGGUCGGAGCAUUUCUUCUUGCCGCGCAACCUGGAAGUCUUUGUCCACAACGGACGCGAGAGAUUGACGGCGAGACGACUGGCAACGGUGGAGAUACCUCCGCUACAUCCACACUUUCAGAGCAUAGAACACUCCGUUACUCGCAGUGGUUUGGGGGUGGACGAAGGCGUGGGGGAGAACAAGAAAACAUACAACAGGCAAGGCAAAGCGAAGGAAAAGGCCAAGAUCUUCUUGGUCAUUGUUGCUCUGUAAACUGCUCUAUUGCCACGUUUCCAAGAAAGAAG